CGGCAAGAUAAGCCAAGAUGGCAGAGAGUAAGGGAGGUAGCAUAGGAAAGAUCUUACAAAAACGUGCAGCUCGCGCGAAAGAAAAGGUUCUACAAAAUUUGGGCAAGGCAGACAAGACCACAGACGACUUACUGGACGGCCAUGUGGAGAGAUUUGCUCGCCAGCAGGCUACUGCUGCCAAACUACAAAAGGAGUUACGGAACUACUUCCAAGCUGCUAGAGUUAUGUCCAUGGCCAGUGAAACCCUAAGCACAGUGCUUCUGGAAAUUUAUGAAGAUGAAUGGUCAAAGAAAAAUGAGAUUAAUGAAUGUUAUGUGAGCCUUCAGAUUAUGUGGAAGGACUAUGUAGAAAAACUAGAACGUGAAGUGAUCAACCCUCUCCAGUCUUAUGUGGACAGGUUUCCUGAGAUUAGGACCAAAAUAUCUAAACGAGGGAGGAAAUUGGUGGACUUUGAUGGAGCUAGACACAAUUAUCAGGCCUUGGAGCAGGCAAAGAAGAGGGAUGAAACCAAGAUAUAUAAGGCACGACAAGAGAUGGAAGAGGCUCGCAGAAUAUAUGAGGACUUGAAUGUAGAGCUUCAUGAAGAGCUGCCUUCUUUAUAUGAUGGCCGUAUUGACCAGUACUGUACCAAUCUGCUGUCACUGUCCAGCGCAGAAGCAAUAUUUCACAGGGAAUGUGCAAAGAUUGAAGAUGACAUAAGUGAGCACAUAGAACAGUUAGCAAAAGAAAAUACCAAGGGCAGUUUUAAAGUAGAGCGGAAAACAACAACAAAAAGACUUCAUGGAAGAGAGUCCAGUAGAUCUAGUGAAGAUGCAUCAAGUGAGGAAAUGAGUCGGCCCAGGCCAGUUCAAAAAGAGCAGCGCCAAGAAAAAAGUCAGUCUCAGUUUCAUGUAGAAUUGAGUGGCGGAGACAGAGAGAGUAAUAAAUCUGUUGAGUCAGAAGGCAGUAGUAGUAGGCAAAACCCAGGUGAAGUCGGGCCGCAGGAGUUAGCUGAACUUGAUAGGCCAUCCUCGCAAGCAUCUGAUAGAUCAAGUACCUCAAAAGGAUCUAAGCAGAGUGAGAGUAAAAUGAAUGGUCCCUCAUCAGAGAGAGAGGCAAGAGCUAACGGUCCCCGACAGAAUGGCAGUGCGAACAGCACGAUAGAGAGCGAAUACGACACGGCGUAUGAACCAACGUUACACUCUGAUGAGACAUAUGAACCAGUGAAUGUUAAUCGCAAAUCACAUGAUGAAGACGAUGACCAAUACAUGGAAUUAAGGGAGGAGCCGAGAGGGUUGUAUGGCGUUGCUGCAGACGACCCGGAAUGUUAUCAAGUACCUCCGUCGAAUUUGCCUCUCACAAAAUUGCCUCCUGGUGUCUUGUAUAGAGUUCAGGCUACUCACAUUUACACGGGAGAGGAUGUAGACGAGCUGACAUUUGAAACGGGAGAAAUAAUCGAUGUUGUUCCAUUUGAUGAUCCUGAAGACCAGGAUGAGGGAUGGCUCAUGGGAAUCAAACAGUCCGAUAAAACAAAAGGCGUGUUUCCUGCUAAUUUCACCAAACCCAUUUAGCCAUCUUACCUCAACCAAGUGGAGACAUACUGAAGAAUACAGAAAUAGGCUAUAGACUAAGUCUGUUUGUAAAUAAGAGAUACAUGAUCUUUGUGUAUUCCGUUGAAAUCUAGGUGGCAAUAUUAUUUUUAAAAAAAGCUGCUGUGUUAUCUGUAUCAUUGCUGAACACUGUUGUGCCUAUGGUUGUAUAUUCUCGCCUUUCAGAGAUUCGUAAAUAGAAAUGCACAGUUUGUAUGUAUAUAGAGCUAUUUGGCUGUUCUUAGUGUUGAGAAACAGGGAUUAGCAGGGUAGCUUAUUUUAGGGUCUUUGUAACCUCUUUAGUUGACUGUUUUUCAGAUUUUGAUACUGAAUGUACAUUGCACACAGCUGAUGUUAUGUUUUGUUGACAUGUUCUCUUUGCACUUUUCUCAGUCUUGUGUUUGAUUAAAUUAAAAUAUAUGUCAUUUGUAUUGAUCAUUCUUCAGAGCUGUAAGUGUUUGAUUCAAGUUUAAAGGAAAGGGCACUUGCACAGCUCCUUUUAUCUACCAAACGAGCUAAUCCGAAAUGUAUCAUUUAGUUUCUGAAGUGAAGCAUGCCAAGUCCAUUCUCUGUGGCAAUUUGAAAAUGACACAAAAUGAAAACGAGAAAUCCAUCCAAGUUGAAUGUGCAAUGUGUGUGUCAAGUUCCUAAUGUUUAAAGUCUUGCAUAAUAAGCGGUGUUCAUUUUUGGUAGUUCUGUGUUAAGCUUUACAUGUAAGCAGCAUUGUUUUUCUUCCAGUUUUAAACUGAGCCUUAAUGUUGUUGAACAAACGCUUCCAAGUCAAGUUGUAUGUGGGGCCUUCUGACACUUUUUCAUACCAGUGCAAACAUGACCUACGCGAUUUUUUUUUUUUUGAUAACUGUGGAUUAAAAUAUGAGUUUGUAUGUUGAAGGUAACUACCAUGUCUUUGUUGACAUUGUUUGAUUUGCAAUAUUGCAUGUUUGUACAUUCAGUUAAUUUUGGAUAUUUUGUGACAGCAUUUGUUGAAUUUUAUCUGGUGGUUAAAUAGUAAAAAAAUACCAAAUCAGGUGUCAUAAGUAACAUAACGAACGGUUUUUGGGGUGAAAGUACCCCCUUUGAAUGUGAUACUUUUUAGACAGGUAGAAGCUGUCUGAAAGCUUCCAAUCUUAAUUGUUUUGAAUCAUGAAAGAAUCUAAUCUUUGUGAUUGAUAUUUGAUUCUAAUGCACAAAUUAGUGGACAGCAGAUGGAGAGAAGUAAUGCAGUUAGUGAUAAAUAUGUUUGAUGAGAAGGCUUAAAAUUUAGCAUUAGAUGGAUCUGAUGCCAGUGAGCAGAGAUGAGAAACUGAUUAUGAAUGAUGUAUUGCUGCACAUCAUGUGGGGUGAAAAUUAAGGCAAGAACAACUGUGACAUGCCACACGAUGAGAGUAAGGAUGAAAUUUGUCAGUUUGCUAAUGGAUUUAUAUAUGAGUGAAAUUGCAAAUUAUGUAAUCGAUGCCAUUAAGUUAUAUCUGAUGGAUCUGUAGAGAGGGGACAUUGGCCAGAAUGGAUCAGGAAAUCCUAGUUUGAGAAAAAGAUGUAAUGGCUUGGUUUGAAUUCUCAAAUUGUUAUUGGUUCCUCACUGCAUUCAGUGAGGUGUUUGAGGUAACAUAUGAUGGUUUAAGUUAACAGGCAGCUCUGUUAAAAAUACAGAACCACAAAGAAUUUGGUGAAAAGAGUAAACGGUCUCUUUUGAGUCUAAACAUUGUUUUUGACUCUGUGGGCUGACAUUUGAUUCUUAAUCAAAGGGUCUAAAUCACUUUGAUUUCUUUGAGGAAGGAUCUCAAUGUCAUGCUUCACAGAUGAAAAAUUUUAGUCUCUUUAUAAAGUAUUUACUUUUUUACCAUUUUUUUAUCAUUAAACAAGAGACAAUGAUAACCUCAUUUCCAUGCUGAGAAGGUUCAACGACAUUUUCAUUUAAACUAUUAGUAAGGGCAACUAGUUAACAUUUGACUCUUUAUAGACAGGUUGUGAUAAGGGUUCCUUCAGAAAUAUGUAGAAAUGAUGUGUAACAAAAAAUAUAUUACUUAAGAUUAAGAUUCUUAUGACAUUAGGUCAGAAUCAGAAUCAUGUGUUCAUUCAAAUUAAAAAUUGCAUUUUGUCUUUGUCUUAUAUGUAAACCAAACAAUUGAGCGUUACUUAAUCACAUUUUUCAACUUUAUUAAAUUUUGUAUUCUGACUUCUCAGUUAUUAUGAACAGGUGAUGGGAAAAAUUGUCACACUUAUUUGCUGAUACAAAUAUUUGAUAUUUUCAUAAUUAUUGAUAUAUAUAUUCUGUAGAUACGAGUGGCUUUUCAUUUUAAUAAUGAAAUUUUCUUUGUAGUAUAAUGAUUGAAGUUUGAAUAUUGCAUUAUCAAAAUGAAAAGUGUAGAGGUUGAGAGUUAUAUACAUAUUAUAUAUAUUGAAAUUUGUAUAUUAUGUACUAUGUAUAAAUGGUAUUGUUAUAUAGAAAAUACAUAUAGCAAAAUGAAGUCAUCACAUGUACGCGGAGUUGGAAGAAUGGUGUGGAAUGAUGGUUAUGAAAAGAACAUUUUUACAUGUGUUAUUACUUUUUCCAGUUUGAAUUGUAUCCAAGUCCAUUCUGCUUAUGGGACCAUUUUUAUACUUGUCAAUAUUUGGCAAGAGGCAUUAUGAUGAUAAUUUCUGUAAAAGAAUAUAAUAUGGUUUAGACAAUUAUGUGGAAAUACCCUGAACAUCUGUAUAAAAUUAUUUACUUUAAAGGACAUAAAUGUUUGAAAUUGGACAGAUGUCAUAGGUAGGAAUGCAGACUUAAUUAGAUGUGACUUGUUUAAAGACUUGCCUGUCUAGGCAGUACAUUUGUGUCACAUGAAAAUGUCAAACUUGAGUUUACAAUGUGAUAAGUUAUUGUAGGUAAAUUUGUUAUCCAAGUCUCAUUUAGAUUUAAGUCACAUAAGUUUCUUGAUA